AUGGCGACGGGUCAGAAUCAUACGCCAAAAUAUCCUGACAUUAAGGGAAUUGAACUAUUCCACGGCGAACAGCUUCACGCUAAGUCGUUCAAAAGACAUGGAUGCCUAGUUUCUGACAUCGUGGAGUUGCCCCGCGUAAAAGAGGGCAAACCCGUCGAUCAUACCAUCAACGUCCGUUACGUCACCUGGCAGCGCGUCUUCGAGCGCUUCUUUCCCAGUCUAGUCGAGAAGCUUUUCAAUAACUUCGGCAAGAGACUCCAGGACGAGGCUUUCAACAUCCGGCCCGAAUGGAAGCUGUCCCCCGCGCCCUCCCUCAAAAAGUACCUACCCCUCAUCACGGACAAUCUUAUCGAUUCCCUAGAGAGCGGCGCCGUCCUGUCCGUUGAAGGCGUCAGCGGGGUCGUUGGGCCCAACAAGGUCGAGCUCACCGACGGCAAAGUCAUCAAGGUAGACACGAUCAUCUACUGCACUGGCUACAUGUCCGACUUUAGUCUUCUGGACCCCAAGUAUGACCCGACGCGCGAGACCACGCCAGAUUGGGCCGCCGCCAGAGGUUCGAGGGGCAAGCCGCUGCCGAGGCUGUAUCAAGGCGUCUUUUCGCUGAGCCAUCCACAUUCUCUGGCCUUCCAGGGUGCUGUGGCGCUCACUAUGGGCCAGUUCCAGAUAAAUGACCUAUCUUCGAUGGCGGUGACGCAGGUGUGGAAGGGCAGGUCGGCCCUGCCCCCUCAGGAGGAGAUGGAGCAAGCGGUCGAUAAGCACCACGCCUGGAUCGUAGAACUGGCUCAAGAGGGCAGCGUCCUGCCGCAGACGGUCAACCCGUACCAGUGGGCGGACUGGGCUGACCAGACGGCCGGCACAGGCGUGAAUGAGUACCUGGGUUGGGGCUGGAAGGGGUGGAAGUUCUGGUUCCAGGAGCCCCGAUUCUGCAGCGUUCUCAUGGGCGGCGUCUACAGCCCUCACAUCUACCGUGUUUUUGACGGCAAGAGGAAGAGGUGGGGUGGAGCAAGGACAGAGAUUGAGAGGCUGUACAAGGUGGCGAACGAGAAGCCUAAGGUCAAUUAG